GGACUUCCCGAGACGCGCGCUCGCUGUCGCGCGGGGUCCUCGGCCCCAGGCGUGGCGUGGGCGCGGUCAUGGGCCACGGCCUUGGCCCUCGUUGCCGUGGCGUGGCGCGGCAAGGGCAGGUUCCGCGGUGGGGGACGCCGGACGCGUGACGCCUGCUCGCUUUGCCUUGCCUUGGCGCCAUGUCACGAGGACACGAGCACUCGAACAGGUCCCAACUGCCAACGGCCCAUCUCCGAGCCGAGAAGCCGGCCGGCCAGAUCACCAGAGACUAGCCUCCUCUCCUCCUCUCCCAUCCAUUUAACCACCAGUCCACCACUGCGGCGCUGCCACUCCAGCCUGCCCCCGUCCGCCCUGAUCCGUCCAACAAUGGCGUCGCCAGCGCGGCGGCUCCUGCAGACCAACUCCGCGCAGUACCCGACGCUCCCCGCGGCCGAGGCGCCGAGCCCGCUGGCCGUCGACUCCGACGUGGUCGUCAUCCUCGCGGCACUCCUCUGCGCGCUCAUCUGCGUCGUGGGUCUCGCCGCCGUCGCGCGGUGCGCGCGCUCCCGCGCCGGGGCGCCCUCCGCCGCCCAGGCCGCCGCCAGGAGGGGGCUCAAGAAGAAGGCGCUCAGGGCGCUGCCGAGCCUCGCCUACGAGGACGCCGUGGCGGAGGCGAAGGUCCUGACGGAGUGCGCCAUCUGCCUGUCGGAGUUCGCGCCCAGGGAGGAGGUCCGCGUGCUGCCGCAGUGCGGCCACGCCUUCCACGUCGCGUGCAUCGACACCUGGCUCGCCGCCCACUCCUCCUGCCCCUCGUGCCGCCGCGUCCUCGUCGUCGGCGACGCCGCCGAUAAGCGGCCGCCCCAGCCCAAGCGCUGCCGCAAGUGCGAGGCUGCUAUGGACGAGGAGGCCUCCUCGUCGUCCGGUUCCGGCGGCGACACGGCUGUCGGUUCCUGACCGUUCUGACGAGUGCCACUGCCGCGCCGCCGUGGAGGAAGAGGAGGCCGGCAAUCUUAGCUCCACUCGAAUUCCAUCCUCGUUAGGCGCCACCGGUUUGUAGUAAUUGGGUUAGCAAUCUUUAGCUCCAGUCGAAUUCAUUCUAAGGAUUCGAGCGUUGAUGUUGUAAAAUGUACAUAUUCUUUCAGAAACAUGUUUAGAUAUGGUGUGAAUGGAAACUCAGAAACUACGUACAUUCCAUGGGAAUUUUUCUUUGCAAUGCAGUUUCUUAAAUUCU